AAGGGGGUGUAUACUGAGUGCAGACUCCAGCAGCAGUCAGACUCUCCUCCCUCCAACAGUCAAACAUCAGCAGAAACGUCUGUAAAGAAAGAAAAGAAAGAAAGGAGAGAAAGAGGAAAGGGGGACUCUUUGUUGGGAUUUUGAAGGAGGAGGAGGAGGAGAGAAGAAAAGGUGAAAGAAAAGAAUCCCUGACGUGUUUCCUUCUAGCAGCAGACGGAGUCCCUCUCUCCCCUCCGGCUGAGGAACAGGCUGCAUCCGAUCAGAGAGAGAGAGAGAGAGUGAGAGAGAGAGAGAGAGAGAGAGAGAGAGAGAGAGAGAGAGAGAGAGAGAGAGAGGAGGUCAGAGUCACAGUUCGUGUGAAGAAAGCGAACAGACGGAGUAAAGAGUCCAGCGCACACCUCUCCUCCUCCUCGGACUUCUUCUUCAGGGACUGUUGUGGAUUUUCUUUCAGUCCUCUUUGCAUCCUCAGACUCAGAGGGUCGGUGUUAAAAGAAACUCGGAGUGAAUUUUGGAUCGUGCGUAAUUUGGAGAGUUUAUCCACGCUGCGUCAGGAUGCGCGUCCGGCCGCUGCUGCUCCUCUGUCUGCUGUGCGCUGCACGAGCUCAGAAGUUCUCUGCUCUCACGUUUCUGCGUGUGGACCAGGAUAAGGAGUGUAACACGGACUGCACCGGGGCUCCUCGUAAACCUCUCUGCGCCUCAGAUGGACGAACUUUCUCAUCACGCUGCGAGUUCCUGCGAGCAAAGUGUCGCGACCCCCAGCUGGAGGUCAUCAGAGGGCCCUGCAAAGACACGUCCAGAUGUGUAGCAGAGAAGAAGUACACGGAGCAGCAGGCCAAGAAGCUGUUCCCUCAGGUGUUUGUCCCCGUCUGUAACCCGGACGGCACGUACAGCGAGGUUCAGUGUCACAGCUACACAGGUUACUGCUGGUGUGUCACCCCGAACGGACGACCAAUCAGUGGCUCCGCUGUGGCCAAUAAGAAGCCUCGAUGCCAAGGAUCUAAACAGGAGAGAGCAACGACCAGAGAGCCAGGUAAAUCAGAUGAGACGGGUCUGGUGGUGGACACGGCGGGUGCUGAUGAAGAGGACAUCACCUCUCAGUACCCGACCCUGUGGACGGAGCAGGUCCGCAGUCGCCAGAACAACAGAACCAGAACUCCAUCCUCGUCAUGUGACCAGGAGCAGCAGUCGGCUCAGGAGGAAGCUCGGCAGCACAAGAACGACGCCGUGUUCAUCCCCGAUUGUUCUCACGGCGGCCUGUAUCGACCCGUGCAGUGUCACCCCUCCACCGGCUACUGCUGGUGUGUGCUGGUCGACACGGGCCGGCCCAUACCUGGGACCUCCACCAGGUAUGAGCAGCCAAAGUGUGACGGGAACGCCCGAGCUCAUCCCACCAAACCCAAAGAUCACUACAGGAGCCGCCAUCUGCAGGGUUGUCCCGGGGCGAAGAAGACUGAGUUCCUGACGAGCGUUCUCGACGCGCUGUCGACAGACAUGGUGCACGCCGUCACAGAUCCAGCAUCCGCCGGGAGGAUGGCAGAGCCGGACCCCAGCCACACCCUGGAGGAGCGGGUGGUCCACUGGUACUUCAGCCAGCUGGACAAGAACUCGAGCGGAGACAUCGGGAAGAAGGAGAUCAAACCGUUCAAACGCUUCCUGAGGAAAAAGUCAAAACCCAAGAAGUGUGUGAAGAAGUUCGUGGAGUACUGCGACGUCAGCAACGACAAGGCGCUGUCUCUGCAGGAGCUGAUGGGCUGCCUCGGGGUCACCAAGGAGGACGGACCCAAACCAGGAGAAGCUUUCUCCCCCAGUAAACUGAGUCCAUCCAGGAAGCAGGGCUGAACAGACUCUCUCUCUCUCCGCCCUCAGCGCCGGGCGAUCAUGAAACCUUAGUAUUUGCACUUUGUACUUUAAACGUACAUUCACUUUGUAGAGGAGCGGUAUGUAACAGACUGCUGGUGUGUGUGUGCGUGAAACAGAUUAUUAACACAUACAAUGUAUGUGUGCUCUGUGUUUGGAAACUCAGAGAGGUUUUCAUGUUUAAGCUGAAUGUUUCCGAGGUUUGUUAAAAUAACUGUGUCUGUAUCUCCUCUGAGCAGCAGUUCGUACGAAUGUUUAGAUCUUACAGACGUCCAUCAUGUCCUCAUGUCCUCAUGUCCAUCAUGUCCUUAUGUCCAUCAUGUCCAUCAUGUCCAUCAUGUCCUCAUGUCCUCAUGUCCUCAUGUAUUCUGGUUUAUUAGAAAUAAAGAUCUC